CGCCUCCUCCAGCCACAGGGACCUCCAGCUCCGGACCACCACCACCAGCCCCAAACUCAUGGACAACAUCCAGCUCUUCGUGCUGUGUGUGUUUGCGCUGCACCAGAGCCUAGCCAUGCCUCUGGGCAGCCAGUGCAUGGACGAGUCCUACUGCAGCCUGCCCGACUACUACGGCCAGCUCAUCAACCUGCCACACCGCAUCAACGAGAGGAGCAUCGCUUCCUGGACCUACGUGGAGAACAUUGACCUGGACCGGAUCCCCCGGAUCAUCCACGAGGCCUACUGCCACAGCAGCCACUCCUGCCAGGGCGUGGAGGGCCCGUCCAGCCUGGAGACCAUCCCCAUCUCCCUGAGGGUGCCGGUCCUGAAGAGGAACCCUGCCUGCUUCCCCAGGGCCAGCUACUCCCUGGAGUACGAGUCCAUCAACAUCGCCUGCAUCUGUGCCGUGUCCCGGAGCAGCUGAGGGCCGCAGCGGCACGAUAAACGAUGAAUCAAUGAUGGAAACACCCCCUUAACAAAGGCCCUCCCUCCUCGGGAGGCCCAGACACACCCUCCCAUACAGUAGACAACCCAGCGGCCUCCUGACCGAGCUCCAGCACAGGGCUACGGUCGCAGCGCCUUCACUUUAGACACUGUAGAACUAAACCUGCGUUUUGUGCAAAAUGAAAUAAACUUACAUUUUAACAGUGAAA